AGCAACCAACUCCUCAUGCCCAAAAAACAGCAUCUCCCCCCUCAACCCUACCUGAGAACUUUCACCAAAUAGAUAUAUCUAAAACCCUCACCAUCUCAACUGUUUUUUCGGUCUAUCCUUGUCUGUUUCUUCCCUUAUGGACGCCUUUAACACCUCUUUGCCCUUACCCUUUACCUACACCUUUACCAUCAAUACUAGUACUUCUAGCAUGGGUACUACCAGCAACCCUUGGAUGGACAGCAGGAUAUGGAGUAAGCUACCACAAAGGCUGCUCGAUCGAGUGAUUGCAUUUCUUCCACCUCCAGCCUUUUUCCGUGCUCGUUCUGUCUGCAAAAGAUGGUAUGGACUCUUGUUCUCCAACAGCUUCCUGGAAAUGUAUAUGCAAGUAUCUCCACGCCGCCAUUGGUUUCUCUUUUUCAAGCAGAAAACAAUGCUCAGGACGUACAUCUACAGAAACAACAACAAUGGUGGUAGUAGUAAUGGAGACAACAGAGCCAUUUAUGAAGGAUAUCUCUUUGAUCCUUACGACAUAGCAUGGUACCGUCUUUCCUUCACCUUGAUUCCACCAGGGUUCUCGCCUUCUUCCUCCUCCGGCGGGUUGGUCUGUUGGGUCUCCGACGAGGCUGGAACAAAGAAUCUAAUCCUCUGCAAUCCUCUGGUUGGUUCUGUAAGCCAACUGCCGCCUACUUUAAGACCUCGCCUUUUCCCUUCGAUUGGGUUAACAGUUAGCCCCACGUCAAUAGAUGUCGCUGUGGCCGGAGACGACCUGAUUUCUCCUUAUGCCGUUAAGAAUUUAACUACUGAAAGCUUUCAUAUAGAUGCAGGGGGCUUUUACUCUCUCUGGGGCACAACAUCUUCCCUUCCAAGGCUCUGUAGCCUUGAAUCAGGACGAAUGGUUUACGUCCAGGGCAAGUUCUACUGCAUGAAUUAUAGUCCAUUCAGCGUCUUGGCUUAUGAUAUUUCUGUAAACAAUUGGUUCAAGAUUCAAGCCCCAAUGCGGAGGUUUCUCCGAUCCCCAAGCCUGGUGGAGAGCAGGGGAAAGCUGAUUCUCGUGGCAGCUGUGGAGAAGAGUAAGCUGAAUGUACCAAAAAGUCUGAGACUUUGGGGUUUGCAAGCUUGUGGGACGACGUGGGUGGAGAUUGAGAGGAUGCCUCUGCAACUCUAUCUGCAAUUUGCAGAAGUGGAAGGUGAGAACGGGUUUGAGUGUGUUGGACAUGGAGAGUUCAUCGUUAUUAUGAUCCGGCAAUCGGACAGGGCUUUGCUAUUUGACAUAUGCAGGAAGAGGUGGCAGUGGAUUCCACCGUGCCCUUAUAUCCAUGGUGGUUUUGGCGUCGGCGGUGGAGAGGGUGGGGAGCUCCAUGGUUUUGCCUAUGAGCCGAGACUUGCCACCCCAGUUGUCGGUCUUCUGGACCAAUUGACACUUCCCUUUCAGUCUUUUAGUGGUUAAUAUAUUUCCACAUUUGCACUUGAUGUAGGAAUGUUCACUGUUUCAGUACUGUUUACCAUGUGUAUUGCUAGAUGUGAAUGGUAUGUUCCUGUUUCAAUGUUUCAUGUUUCAAUGUUUCGUUUCCUCCGAGACUGUCGUAAGUUUUACUGACAUGCUCACACAGACAAACUCCAGUACUCCACUUUACUAAUAAUGAGUUCACCAUAAC